AUGGGUGCCAGCGUGUCGUGGCUAUCUGGGGUGUUGUGGUCGAAGAAGGAGAUAAGGAUAUUGAUUCUUGGUCUGGAUAAUGCUGGCAAAACCACCCUUUUAUACAGGUUGAAGAUUGGAGAGGUUGUUACAACAAUACCCACAAUAGGAUUCAACGUUGAAUCUGUCACCUACAAAAAUCUAAAUUUUAAUGUCUGGGAUCUUGGUGGCCAGACUUCGAUUCGACCUUAUUGGCGGUGUUACUACGCCAAUACAGCUGCGGUUAUUUUCGUCAUCGACUCCACCGAUAUCGACCGUCUAGGCACUGCCUCGGAAGAAUUAGCAGCGAUGUUGAACGAAGACGAGUUGAAGGACGCCGCGUUAUUAGUGUUCGCAAAUAAACAGGACCAACCAGGAGCGAAGGGAGCGGGGGAAAUAAGUGAAGCAUUGAAGCUAGGAGAGUUGAGAGACCGGAAUUGGAGCAUUGUGGCUUGUAGCGCCGUAGAUGGAAGCGGUGUGGAUGAGGGUAUGGACUGGCUUGUGCAAACCGUGCAGCAAGACUCGUAG